GCACCAAAUGUUAUUUUUCUGUAAAAAUCACCAAAAUUCUCCCACACCCUUUUGGAUCCUCCAUUAAUAAUAUGCAUUGGAUUUUUGCAAAUUCAACCUGAAUCGAAGAUUGAGUAUAUAGUAAAUAGUUGUAUUAAACGCUGAUUAUGGUUUCAGACAGAAAAUUAGCCAACGCUAUGGGUGGCAAAACUGCAAGAGCUUGUGACAAUUGCAUAAGAAAAAGGGCACGAUGGUAUUGCGCAGCUGAUGAUGCUUUCCUUUGCCAGAAUUGUGAUGCUUCAGUCCAUUCAGCCAACCCUUUGGCUCGCAGACAUGAAAGGGUUCGUCUCAAAACUUCAUCUCUCAAACCCUCCAAAGAACUUUCUUUAGAAAUUUCCGUGCCGUCUUGGCACCAUGGUUUCACAAAAAAGGCACGUACACCAAGGUCAGGAAAGCAUGCAAAAUCAAAAUCUGAUCAAGAGCCAGCAAGAAACCCUCUUCAUCUUGUCCCUGAAAUUUGUUCUGAUGAAAUCGAAACAUCCCAUGAAGAAAACGAGGAGCAACUUCUUUAUAGGGUUCCUAUAUUCGAUCCAUUUGUUGCUGAAUUACGCACGAGUGAAAAUUCUAAUGAAGCUGCAACAAAUAUGGGAAACGAUGGGGAGGCUGCUGAUGCUGUAGGUGUUGAUGAAUCUAAGGGUACAGUUUAUGACUGUGGAAAUGAUAUCAAUCAGUUCCAUGGACCUCUUCCAUCUGAAAUGGAGCUUGCUGAGUUCGCGGCGGAUGUUGAGAGCUUAUUAGGCAAAGGGCUCGAUGACGAAUCAUUUGCUAUUGAAGGGUUGGGACUUUCUGAUUGUAAAGAGGCAGAUUUAGUGGAUAAUAGCUCUCUGGGGAGUGGAAGAGUGAAGGUUGAAGAUGAAGGAGAAGCGGAGGUUGCCAUGGGAAAUAAUCAGAUUGAUGGAGAGAUUGAUAUGAGUAGAGGAGAUCAUGAACCCUUUGAGCUGAGCUUUGAUUAUGAUUCUCCCAUGACCUGUGAAGAAGAGGACAACAAAGCAGGAGUAGAAAGGGCAAUAGCACUCAAGGAUCAUUUGAAGAGUGAAGAUUGCAAAGUAGAGGAUGCAGGUAUCAACACAAAUAAGAAGAUUUUGUUGAGUCUUGAUUAUGAAGGAGUCAUUUCUGCCUGGGCUGAUCAAAGGUCCCCCUGGACAACUGGUGAACGGCCUGAGUUGGACUCCAAUGACUGCUGGCCUGACUGCCUGGGCACUUGUGGAACAAUUCAUAAUCUAUAUGGGGAAGUGGGAAUGUUUGGACAUCCCGCAAUGAUGGAUGGAGGAAGAGAAGCAAGAGUCUCUAGGUACAGAGAAAAAAGGCGAACAAGGUUGUUUUCCAAGAAAAUCAGGUACGAGGUACGAAAAUUGAAUGCUGAAAAGAGGCCCAGAAUGAAAGGGAGGUUCGUUAAGAGGGCAACCUUCUCAGCAGCUGCAGCAGCAUUUCCCCUGCACACCAAAUAACUGUUAAAUUUCUACUCUAAUCUUCUUUUUCCUUAGUACGGCUAGGAAUGUGCAGUAGUCCUAGCAAUUAGCUUAAUCACCUAGGAUGUGAAUUUCUCUACAAAAUAAAUUAAUAUAUAGCGAUAUUGCUAUAAAAUUUUUUUUUUUUUUGCUUUUAACAAAAGAGACAGCGGGCAGCGGCAUUUCUUUCUCCCUUUUUCUUUUAUGUGCUCUUUGUUGUUGUUGUUGUUGUUUUUUUUUUUGAGGUGGCUAGAAUGUUCUCCAAUGAUUGUACAUGAUUAAAAGGAUUCCUUAAGAUGAAAGCACAAAUACAUAUAUCCAAGUAGGUUUAGUUUUUUUUUUA